GCCUCUUCGAUCCAGCAAGAGCCCAGUUGUUAAAGAGUUUCAAUUGUCUUGCUUCAAAGUAUCUGUUUGAUCCAAGCUGCGCCAAAAUGGGCUGCACCAGCAUUGCGAUGCUGUUGGCUGUUUUGCUGAUAGCUGGAUCAACCGGUGGUGUGCCGAUGGGUUCGUCUUCAUCUGGGUACGGUAGUUAUUCUUACCAAACAACCACUGCUGCCCCGUACUACACCACGACGUAUGCAGCUCCAACAUACUACACCACAAAGGCGCCCGAGUACUACACCACGACGUAUGCAGCUCCAACAUACUACACUACAAAGGCGCCCGAGUACUACACCACGACGUAUGCUGCUCCUACUUACUACACGACAAAGGCCCCCGAGUACUACACCACGACGUAUGCUGCUCCUACUUACUACACGACAAAGGCCCCCGAGUACUACACCACGACGUAUGCUGCUCCUACUUACUACACGACAAAGGCCCCCGAGUACUACACCACGACGUAUGCUGCUCCUACUUACUACACGACAAAGGCCCCCGAGUACUACACCACGACGUAUGCUGCUCCUACUUACUACACGACAAAGGCCCCGGAGUACUACACAACGACGUAUGCAGCUCCAACAUACUACACUACAAAGGCGCCGGAGUACUACACCACGACGUAUGCAGCUCCAACAUACUACACUACAAAGGCGCCCGAGUACUACUCUACACCGAGCUAUUACACAGAGGCGCCAGUGUAUUACACAACCUACGCUAAUCCAAGCUACUAUACUGAAGCUCCCGCCUACUAUACCUCAAAGGCUCCUGAGUAUUAUACCACAACGUACGCUUCUCCAGCUUACUACACCGAGUCCACGAAAUACUACUCUGCUCCGAGUUACACAACUGUGUCGUACUACACCACGACCGAGGCGCCCAAGUACUACGUGGCUCCAACAUACUACACAGCAGCUGCCCCGUCUUAUUACGCUGAGCCGACAUACUACGCUGCCCCAAGUUAUUACACAACAGCUGCUCCCUCGUACUACGUGGAACCUACUUACUACACAACUUAUGCUGCCCCGUCUUACUACACAGAGGCUCCUCAAUACUACACUACGAAGGCUGCUGAAUACUACACCACAACUGCCGCUCCAGCCUAUUACAGUGAGGCUCCGCAAUACUACACUACAAAGGCUCCCGAGUACACGACAUAUGCUGCGCCAAGCUACUAUACCGAGCCUCCUAUGUACUACACCACGACAUACGCCGCUCCAGUUUACUACACCGAAGCUACCAAGUAUUACUCAGCCCCAAGUUACUACCAGACAGAGGCUCCACAAUACACAACAACGUAUGCUGCCCCAAGCUAUUAUACGGAACCACCGAUGUACUACACCACCACGUAUGCGGCUCCGGUUUACUACACAGAAGCUCCGCAAUAUUACACCACAAAGGCUACUGAAUACUACACGACUAAAGCCCCGGAGUAUUACACACAGAAGGCAGAAUACUACACCACAACGUACGCUGCCCCGGCUUACUACACCGCUGCACCAAAGUAUUACCAGACCGAGGCUCCACAAUACUACACUACAAAGGCUGCUGAAUACUACACCACAACGUAUGCUGCCCCAAGCUACUAUUCCGAGGCCCCGAAGUACUACACUACCACCUAUGCUGCCCCGGCUUAUUACACCGAGGCGCCACAGUACUACACGACAAAGGCUGCUGAAUACUACACAACUAAAGCCCCGGAGUACUACACAAAAAAAGCUGAAUACUACACCACAACGUACGCUGCUCCAACUUACUACACUGAGGCAACCAAGUAUUACCAAACUGAAGCUCCAAAAUACUACACGACAAAAGCGCCAGAAUAUUACACUACUACCUACGGCACACCCAGUUACUACACUGAGGCUCCAGUCUACUACACAACUUAUGCUGCACCGUCCUACUACACUGAGGCUACCAAAUACUACUAGCUGCUUCGUGGGUAUGCCAAAAAAAUGUUCACUUGUUCGUUACUAAGUUAAACAUAUGUACGAUAGUUUUUGAAUUUUGGUUAAUCGCUAUGCCACAUUAUUCCUCCGCUAGUCAUUCCCAUGGAAUACGGUUACGAAAUAUGCUCAAUAAAGUAUUUAUUCGAUUAGGAAAA